UAUGAUGUAUCAUACUUACAUUAUUAAAUAUGCCUGAUACAUGUCAUGGCGAAAUUAUAAGGAGGAUACUGUGGCUCAAACCCUAGGGCGUGACCCCCAGCUACUGAAGAUUUGGACGAAAUCCCAAAUCGCAGGUCUGCACCAACUAAAACACAGGUUCUUUGCUGAGUCUCAGUGUUCAUUACGAGGGCAAAUACUCUUUUGUGGAGCCGCCUGUGAAGGUAUUGAUCACGGUUUGUUCUGAGGAAGAGUUCGAGCCAGCCAAGGGAAAGGAGCUACAUCUUUCUGGGCGUUACCAAAGGUCUUCUGAGCUUGUGUACUUCUUGGGAAUUUGAAUUUGUGGGUCUGCAGCAUCAAGAACAAGGAGGUUCCGAUUACCAGGUGCUAUCUUAUAUCUACGGCUUGUGUUCACUCGGGUAUGCAAGGAAACCAACCUUUAUUAGCUGAGAUACAGAUUAAGAAGGCAUUUUCCCAAUUUUCAAUCAAAAUGGCAUCUAGUUUUGAAGCUAUAGAGGAUGAAAACUUGUGGGAUGAUGAAAUCCAUCAUGAUAAUAUGAAUGCAAACCAGAAUUCUGAUCUGGACAGAGAAUGGAAUACUAGACAUAACCAAUUUCACACUACUGGUUACAGGGAAGGUUUGUUGGCAGGCAAAGAUUCAUCUGUCCAGGUAGGUUUUAACAAUGGCUUUAAGGAAUCUGUGUUGGUUGGAUAUAACUGGGGCUUAGUUCGAGGGAUAACAAGUUCAUUUGCCUUCCUUCCGGAGCAUAUGAAAGAAAAAUUGGUGGAAGCAAAUGAAGGUAGAACCAAACUGGAAGCUCUGCAUCACAAAGUACAUUCGGUUUCAGGAAAAGAUGCACUGAAGCUGUUUCAUAAAGAUAGUUUGAAGGGAAAAUUGGAAACAUCAUCAAGCAACUCAGAAGAAAAUAGUCAAGUGAAUUUAGAAGGAAUUAAUCAAAUACCAGAAUCUGCAGAGAGAAUCGAGUCACCUUCAAACAUUAAUAACACAAGUGAACUUGCAGAAUUCCAUAGACAAUUGGUUUCUAUUAUUGAAACAACUUCUAUAAACACUGCAUGCUCGAGUUACUAAUUUGUGGAUCAAGAUGUCUGCUUUAUGCUAGUAUAUGUAUGUUAAUGCUAAAGUAGCAUCUAUUUUUCAUCAUUAAAUUUGAAAUUAUUAUCUUGUAGAUAUUUGUAUUGUAUAUUUGUUUCGUGAGCCAAUAUAAUGUAUUUGAUCUCAA